ACGAAAAUUUUUAGCGUUCCGCUGCUGCUAUCAUUCAUUGCAGAAAUUUUCAAAACUGACUUCCGAUUGUUCCACGACACAUUGGACAUGGGUAGUGUGCGGUUGUGCAGCGGUCACUACAAUAUUGUCAAUCUCUACGACGAUUUUAUAGACUUAAAAGUUCGGCGUUACAAGGAAGACAAGAAUAGGGCAUCCACGAGCAAUGUGGGAACAGCCAAACUAUACGAAAUAGUCUGUCCGCUGUUAAGGGACGCGCUUCGCAAUGUGGCAUUGCGGCAAUUUCCUCAAUUUUAUUCCGUCGACCAUUUGGGAAUACUGGACGAGAAAGUGAAAAAUCUCUUUCCCCACGAAGAACUUAUCAGGGUCGGCCUAUUGCAGUCGGUCCGAGCCAAUUUUGAAGGACUGCAUUUUGUUCAUUUUAGUUUCACGGAAUAUUUCAUAGCCGAAGUGUUGGCCGAACGGUGCGAAAAAUUUCCGAAGCCCGGCAUUUUCCAGACCUUGCUCGAUAUUUCGCCGAACGUUUCGAUGUUCUUCGAUCUGAUGUUAAGUCGUGGACUGCCCUUGCAUCUGGCAAUAUUACUGGAUGACAGAACUCAAUUCGAGCCUGAGAAAUUCGAUAAGAGGCAAAAUAUUUCUGAACUCAACGGAUCGGUUCGGAAGGUCUCCGUUACAUUUAGCGAUCGAUCAAGGCUUGGUAGACGUUGCAUCCGAGCUGGUAGCCUAUGGGGCCAAUAUCAACGUUGUUACAACCAUGCCUUUCGGGCACGAUCGAACGCCACUAAUUGGAGCUAUGUUUCUGAAAGACUCAUUUCAAUUCGUCAAAUUUCUGGUUGAGAAUAAGGCGGACGUUAACCAAUCGGAUCGGAAACUAAAGACACCGUUACACUUCGCAGCCGAAUUGGGACAGUACAUGUCUGCCGAGCUGUUAUUACAACGUGAUGCGAAGGUUAAUGCACAAGAUAGUAGUGGCAAAACACCGCUACACGUUGUUUUCGCCCGACGGCAGAUUAUGCCAUUAAUGCCGUUCAUAUCGUUGUUCCAAGAAUAUGGAGCCGAUUUCAAUAUGUUGGACAAUCGUGGAAGGUCCGUAAUGUUUCACGCGUGUCGAGAAAAUUUGAAUUUUGAAUACACAGAAGAUGACUACGAUUACGACGAGACAAAGCCUGAAACGGUCUAUCGAAAAGGGGGAAACCCCGGACUAUUUCGAGGCGAUCCAGUUUUUAGUUGGGCUAAACGUUCCAACGGUGUCAGUGGACAGCAAACAUGGGAAUUCCUGCAUAUUGGAAUUGGUCGGCCAUGCAAACUACGACAUCAUUAGAUAUUUCAUAUUUGAAUUAAAAACUGACAUUU